CGUCUGCAAUAUGUAACAACACCGUCCCAGCUCCUAACACGGGUAGCCUUAGGGGUAUCGGUGAAUAUCGUGGGGGAUAGUGUGUGUGUUAUAUUAUAGUGUAUAGGGGUGUUUUACGGGCUAAGCGAAGGAGAUAUUGCGUGAGGGUUGCAAAACCCCCCAUCUGUCCUUUCACACCCCCCAAAACCCUCCGAGAGGGGCUGCGAGGUGCCUGGAGUUGUGUGAUAAGGGAAAAAAGUGUAUUGCUUCAGUUACUAUCAGACCUUUGCCGGUGACUGGUCACCAUGUAUGACACAUGGGGUCUUAUCGAAAACUGUUAUUGUACGGUGAUAAGUUUAUAGUGUACUGGAAAAUGGUUUGAGAUCACUUAUCUUUGAUAGGAAAAAAGGUUUACAAAUUCAAAAUUCUAUCUGGAUGUGGUAAAUUCGUGUUUUUGACAAUUUAUUGAAUAUAGUAUUUUUAAUUCGAGAUCAAGGAUGGACUAGAAGAAUGUACUUUGAAGUAAAUUAAAAUUAAUGUGCUUCAAAGUACGGUAUAGACAUUAGAGACCUUCUUCUGAAAAUCUUAUCUGACAUAUAAAUUAAAUGAAAGAGAAUAUGAUAAUAAUUUCAUGUACUAAAUCCAAAAUAUAGAAGGAAUUGAAUAAUUAACAUACACAGUAACAUACCACUCACCAUUACAUUAUUAUAAACCACCAGACUUCAAAGGAUCCAAAGUUUUUGAAACUUAAUUCCAGAAUUUUAUUUCCCUUAUAUCAGUAAAAUUCGUCAUUUUUAUGAUGGCUGAAUAAUUAGAACCAAUACCUACCAUAGGCCUAUCUAUUCUAUAAGUUACAUAUAAUAUACCUUACCUGCAAUAUACUGACUAUCCUUGGAACUUGGUGGUACGAGCCUUGAGCAAUCUCUAUCAUUCUUGGAUUCUAAAAAAAAUUGAAAAGAGAGAAUACACAUCCACUGUAAGAUUACUAGGCUACCUACUGAAUGCUUACAAACAAUUUUCUAGAAACACGUGAAAACACAACUUCUCAUGACAGAUUAUUGAAUUGGUAGGUAGAAAGUGAUUAAGUGGAGUUCAGCUGAAAUGAUUUGGAAAACAACGAGUGAUCAUCAGCAACAUUUUUGAUGAAUAAUUUGUAACCAUGUGAAAAACUUACAAUUUUGAAGUAGAGACUAAGCAUUUCCCGAAAACCAUGUGAAAACAUACAACUAUUGUCAAAUAUUUUAGGUUUUGGAAACCAUGUGAAAACAUACAACUAUUGUGAAAUAUUAUAAGUUUUGAAUCACCGCAUCACCAUGCAUAAAGCUAUGUGGAGGUUCAGAAAACACAACGAGCUAGCCCCAAACACGAUCAUAGCACUGAUAGGGAUGUUACAAUAACUGGACGGCAGCUCAUCCCCAAAUCCCAAUCAGAAAUGAAUUGGAUGGUGGUAGUUUAUGUGGGAUGUGAAAUUUUGGUAGCAAUCGGAGCAAUAUUCGGAAAUACUCUGGUCAUAACUGCGUUUCGUCGAGAAAGAAGACUCAGGAGACGAACUAACUAUUACAUAGUGUCGCUAGCUGUGGCAGAUUUACUGGUGGGACUUUUAGGGAUACCCUGUGCGUUGCUGGCUUACAGUGGAUAUCCCAAACAGUUACACGCCUGUCUGUUCACCGUCUCUCUCCUGGUUGUGUUGUGUACUAUCUCCAUCUUUAGUUUGGUGGCCGUGUCUGUGGAUAGAUAUUGGGCGAUACUCUAUCCCAUGGGAUACUCCAGGAAUGUCAGGACUAAGACGGCAGUUGGCAUAAUCUGCUUCUGCUGGGUGGCUGGAGCCAUAGUCGGUUUCCUGCCACUGCUAGGCUGGAACGCCGGCCAAUCGGGUCAGAAGCUGGAGGAAUGUCGCUUCACCAAAGUCAUGAACUACAACUUCCUGGUCUUCAUCUAUUUUGCCACCAUCAUCUUCCCCGGACUUCUGAUGGCUGCUUUCUAUGCGCAUAUAUAUUCAGUGGUUGUCAAGCAGCUAAAACAAAUGGUGACCGUGAACGGAACGUCAGGCGGCAGCGGAGCCAUGCUACGAGUCCUCGGUGCAGCUCGCAAACGUGAAGUGAAGGCCACACAGAACCUCUCCAUCAUAGUGCUCUUCUUCAUGGUGUGCUGGUUUCCGCUCUACACCAUCAACUUCAUCCAAGCCUACCAUAAGGACAUCUCCAUCCCCACCUUCCUCAUGGACUCCUGUAUAAUCCUUACCCACCUCAACUCGGCCGGCAACCCUCUGCUGUAUGCCUACCAUCUCAGGGACUUCCGUGCGGCGCUACGCGCGGUGCUUUUCGGCGGAGCCACUCAGGAGGCGGAUCGCAGAGUGAUCGGUCGCGACAACUCGGCAUACCUCCACGAUCUGGAACAGCGUAGGCGGUCCUCGCAACUGAAUCUCUACGCGAAAGCCAUCAACAAAGACCAGAACCUCAACCUCACCCACCUUCCCGUCAUCCACAACAAACUCUCCGACAUUCAAGAAUCCUCAAGGAACGAGUCCUCCAUCAAAGUUGUUAUACCUACAGAAAACAACGAAAUAUCCAAAACCACAAGCUUCUUCAAGUUCCCCCUAGAUCGCUCUCUAUCACUCCUAAAAGCAUCAGAUAAAGAAAAGACAACGCAAAGAAUGUCGAAUUUUGGCAGCGAGAAACAAGAUUUUACCUACAAUCAUCUGGAGGAAUCUAAUGCUAGUUUGGCAAAUGACGGGAGUACAGGGAGAGUGGAGGGUAGGGAAGGGGUACUGCUGAAUGGAGGAGUUGUGAAUAACGGGUUUUUGAAGAGGGAUGAAGGAAAAGGGGUGGGAGAGGGAGGAAAAGAUGGAAAAGUUGAAAAUACAGCAAAAACUGGGGAUUGUAAUAAUGAUAAGGAUGAGAGUCUCUCGACAAAGGUAUCAAACGAGGAUGAAAAAGAGGAUUGUAACGGAAAUCUUGACGGAUCCUACUCGAGGAAAAGUGGCUCAAAUACAGGAGAAAGAGAGAAGGAAGGGAAGAAGGGAGAAGAAAGUUGUGAUGAUGCAGAUUAUGGUGACGAUGAAACUGACGAAGAUGAAGAUACUAAUGUAAAAACAGGUAACGAAAUAACAACGGGAAUUUUCAAUGAUUGUUUUGUUGAAGAUGAUGAUGAAGAUAGUGUUGAUGAAAUUGAUAAUUCGAUACUGAGUAAUGAUAGGGUUAGUGCCGCUAUAGUGAAAAAUGAUGAUGAGACUUGUGGGGGUUUUAGACAUUUGGAUGAUAGUAAUAAUAGAUCUACAAAACUACAAGAUAUUGGAGGAAGUGAUUUGAGAAGACUUGAUUCAGAAAAUGAUCAAGUGAGUAUUUCUUCUAGGAAUUUGGAGAAAGUCGAUUCAGAAGUUGGUAUUCCUUAUAGAAAUUUAGAAAAAGUUGACUCAGAUAUAGAUAUUCCUUACUGUGAAUUGAAGAAAGUUGAUUCAGAAAUCAGCAUUCCUUACAGAAAAAUACAAAAAGUUGACUCUGAUGUUGAUAUUCCUUACUGUGUACUAAAGAAACCUGAUACAGAAGUUGGAACUCCUCUCUGUAAUUUGAAAAAGUUUGAUUCCGAUUUUGAUACCCCUGAUUUGCAGAGAGUAGAUUCAGAAGUUGAUAUACCUUACAAUAAACUUAGCAGCAAUGAUCUGGAAGAGGUUGACAAAAGUUAUAAUGAUCUAAAUAUUAGUAAAGAGUGUGAAAAAGUUGGUUUCACAUUUAGUAAUUUACAAGAAGAUGAUGAUUUGAAACAAAUGUCUGGUAAUUUAGAUAGGAGAGAUUCAGAAAAAUCUAGUCAACAAGGUCUGAAAUACAAAAAUUUAGAUGAGUAUGAUCCUAAGACAUUAGAGGAUGUUAAUAUCCCCUAUUGUAGUUUAGACCAGGAAGAUGUGGGAGAUGUUGAGAGUAAAGAGAAAAGGCAUUUAAAAACGAAGCGAGAGGAUGUUCAGAAAAGAGAAAUGGAAAAUUUUCCUAAAAAUAUUGAUAUUAGUGAUACUAGUAUAAGUAAUGAGGGAGCUUCUAGUAAAGCAGACACACAUAGUUUGAAAGAAGUUUUUAAAAAAAAUUGUAUGAAGCAAGAAAGUAUUACACCAAGCAAUUCAAAAACCAGCACAACUUCUCAAACUAGUGAUAUUGUAACAGAUUUGGAAAAUUUGAAGCACGGAAAUACAUAAGUUUCAUUCGUAAUGAUUUAAUUAGAAUUAAAGAUGAUGUUUUCUCGAUCCAUUCUGAGCUGCGAUGUAUUGACACCCUUUUUUGAUGUACAGUAUUUUACACGACAUGCAGUCAAAAAAGCAAAUUUGUUCACUUACUGAUUGGAGUACUUUCGAACGGCAAGCGGUCAUUUUCAACAGUCAAUAUCGUCGAUCGAAAGUGCUCCAGUCAGUAAAUAAACUGAAAUAAUUGACUGCACGUUGUGUAAAAUACAUUAAAAAGUGUGUAAAUGAGAAUGUUUUUGUUUUCUUCUAUUUGUGAAUGACACCAUCCACUUUUAUCCAUGCCCCCACUGAAUUAUUUUUAUCGUCCCUUGAAUUAUAUUCCAGUAAAGCUAGUGAUGAUGGAGUGAUUUUUGAGAAUAAUCGAUCAGUGAUGAAGAUAAGAGGCGCUUCUCAUAAAGAAUAAUUCAUCAAAAUUGUGUGAAAUUAAUAUUCCUGGAAUUUAUCUUGGGAUCGUUAUUAUUUUGUGUAGACUUUUAAGUUGUAUGGUUUGUGUGGAAGAUUGUGAUAAGUUUUAAACUGAAACUAAAUUCAUUAUAUUAAUGAUAUUUUUCUGAUUCGAUAGUGUAUAGUUAAAAUAGAAAGUGUCUAUGCAGUAAUCAGUAUGAAUGUAUGGAGAGUAAAAUUUUCAACCGUUCGUGUUGAAAUUUUCAUAUUUUAUAAGAGUUUGAUCUGUAAUUCAAAUAGAAUUUUAAUUCUUACGUUACAUAGACCUACUACUAAAUGUUCCCCCACUGUUCAAAGUCUUCAUAUUAUUUAUAAUCGAAUAUUUUUUUGGUCAUAAAUUAUAUAGCCUAGAAACUAAAUUCAAAUUUAUUCCAUGUAGCCUAUGAAAAUAAAUUCCACAGUAUAUAGAAAUUUCAUUCUUUCUAUAAAAAUGAAACUGCUAAUUGACUAGUUGCUGUGGGAAAGAAAAUGUAAUUCAAUUUUAUAUGAGAAUAAAUUGUUUUCUUUGUGUAAAAUUAGUAGAUGAAAUAGUUAUUUGUGCAACUAGUGCGCAAAGUGACAGUUUGCUGCACCGAAAGAAACGUUUACGCCCGAGCCGUAGGCGACGGCGGAAUGGUCUGUUGAGUGCAGCAGAGGAACUUUGCGCACGUAUUUCAGAUUAAAUUUUUCCUACAGUUACCAUUGAAUAUGAAAAGUGGGUAAUUAUGGGUAAAAUUGCCUGAAAUCCAUCAAAUGUUUGUGUGUGUGAUGCUGUUAUUAAUUGUCAAAUUGUUUAAUUAAUUAAUUUAUUGUCAAAUUGAAUAAUGUAGUAGUAUUUGAAUGAAGGGGCGGCUGUCACUCAUGUGGUGGCUGUCGCUGUCCUCGGUGUCCUUGAUAUUAUUAUAACGUGCACCACAGUCACUGUUACCAACUUAAUUUUGAUUUUUUUGCACUGGUGCUCCAUAUAACCUACUAAUUAUUUUGCGUUGUCAUGCUGCAAAUCUGGAGUACGCAAAGUACUCACUUUGCGCACUAGUGCGGAAAAGUGAUUCUUUGUGGCCUGCAAUCAGUGCAGAAAUGGUUACUUUUCAACGAAUCAAUGUUUAGAAUGAAUGUGGGUAGGAAUAUGAAUAAUUUUUCCAUAAAUAUUGUGUAUCAAACCAAUUACUCCUAUGGGAAUUUUAGUUUUAUUAUUUUCACUUCCAUUAUUACAUUAUUCUGUCAAGAUAUUCCUAUCCCGUAUAACUCAGGUCAUGCUUUCAGCACAAAUACGUAAUAAUUUAUUUUUAUUUAGAGUUACAUAAUCAUCACAUUAUUAUUUUUGUAGUAAUUUGUAAAUGCCUAUAAAGGUUAUAUUAUUGAUUGAUGUUCUAAUAAUUUAAUGAUAAGUAUUUGAUUGGAGUUCACUGAUAAAAAUGUAUUCCAUUCUU